UCCAGACCGACGCCUGAAAUCCAAGCCCCGCACCUCCCCGGCUUUCCCGCCACUCCAAAAGUCUGCCCGAAACCGCCGUUCCGCCGCCCCCACCAGGCCAUCACAGCCCGCCGUGGUCGCAGCACGCGUCGCCCAUGCGCGCCGCGGUCGCGUCCCUCACAGCUGCGGCCUCCGCAGCGGCCACGGCGGGCGGUGAACCGGCCGCCCUCCACGCGGUUCUCAUCAAGACCGCCUCCACCUCCCGCGCCGCCUACAACCUCCUUCUCUCCCGCUACCCGCCGUCGCUGUCGCUGCCCCUCCUAUCCCGCCUCCCCUUCCACCCCACCGCCGCCUCGCUCACCUCCUCGCUCUCCUCCGUCUCCGCUUCCUCCCCGUCGUCCGCGCUCCCGCUCCUCCGCCGCGUCCUCGGCAUGUCUCCGGCCCUCCUCGUCGACGGCCCGCUCUCCUCCCUUCUCCGCUCUAUGUCGCCCUCCCUCGCGCCACACGUGCACGCCCUCGCCUUCAAGCUCGCUCUCUCCUCGUCCCCCUUCUCCGCCUCCUGCCUUAUCACUCUCUACUCCCGAUCCCGCUCCCCUGAGGCCGCCCGCCACCUGUUCGACGAAAUCCCCGUUGCUAACCGAGACCCUGUCUGCUACUCCUCCACAAUUGUUGGGCUCGCGCAGAACGAACGAUACGAGGAAUCUCUGUCCGUGUUCGUCGGUAUGCGCUCCAAUGCUGUUGAUUCAACCAUGUACGCACUGUCUGGUGCUCUGCGUGCGGCAGCGGGGCUUGCUGCUCUGGAACAGACUUGCGGGAUUCAUGCGCAUGCCGUGGUGGUUGGGCUUGAUGGGAAUGUGGCUGUCGGAACCGCGCUGGUGGAUGCUUAUGGGAAAGCCGGAGUUAUGGAUGAUGCAGCGAAUGUGUUUGAGGGAUUGGGUGGUGACCGGAACUUGAUCACGUGGAAUGCAGUGUUGUCUGCUCACGCACAGCAGGGAGAUGUGCAAGCGGUUGUUGGGCUGUUUAAUCAGAUGUUGGAGCUAGGAUUUGCACCUGAUGGGCUCACGUUCCUUGCUGUGCUCACAGCAUGUAGUAAUGCUGGAGCAGCCACUGAGGCUGAGUUUUGGUUGGAAGCAAUGCAGUCAAAGUACAAUGUGAAGCCUAGCCUUGAGCAUUAUACUUGUGUGGUGGGUGCAAUGGCACGGGUGGGGCGUCUGCAGGAUGCAGAGAGGGUUGCUUGUACAAUGCCAUGCAAGCCAGAUGCAGCGGUGUGGCGGACACUUCUAAUGGGUUGUGUGGUUCACCGCAAGGUUGACAUGGCAGAAGCCAUGGGGAAGCAGCUAUUGGAGAUUGAUCCCAAGGAUGACUCAGCCUAUGUCAUGCUUGCCAAUGUCUACACGGCAGCUGGGAGAAAGGAUGAGGUGGCUGAGGCAUGGACUGCAAUGAGGGACCAGGGAGUCAGGAAGGAAGGUGGUCGGAGUUGGAUUGAGGUUAGAGGGCAGGUACAUGUGUUUGUCGCAAAUGAAAGAAGGCACGAACAGUUACUAGAGAUAUACAACAAGUUGAAUGAAUUGAUUCUAGAGGUAGCGAAGUUAGGGUACAAGGAGGCCGACGAGGGGUUCUGGCAUCAUAGCGAAAGGUUGGCCCUGGCAUAUGGGUUAAUCAGUGGUGCUGUACCAUCAGGAAAGGUGUUGAGAAUAGUUAAGAACUUGAGGAUAUGUGCUUAUUGUCAUGAAUUCUUCAAGUAUGCUAGCAUGGUGAUCGACAGAGUAAUUGUAGUAAGGGAUGUCAACAGAUACCACACGAUCAAGAAAGGUGCUUGCAGCUGCAGAGACUACUGGUGAAAUACUUAAUCCUGAGGAUAAACUAUGAUGGAAGAAAUAUUUGUUUUAUCACCCGGACACAGCAUGAUAAUAUAAUUGUGACUCUGGAAGAAAUUACUGCAGCAUGUUAUUGGGAAAAUUGCUUCUGCUGGUUACCAUAGGGCUGAAUCCCUUACAGUACACGAUUGAGAUUUUGAAGGAACUGUGGUUUUAUGGUGUUGCAUAUACACGUCUACAUCUUGUGACCCAUGAAGCAUGUUAGGAUGCUCUUUAAGAGCAAUCACUAUGGGGAGCUGUUUAAGCUGUGGAAGUUUGGAGCUGGGGUCUUUCAGCUGCCCCAGUUCAUUUGGGUUCAAUAGUUGCUACACGUUCUUGUCUUGGGGCUGGUAUUGCAUAGCUCCUCAGACCCAAGCAACUCAAUUGCUGAGAGGAAGUACCCUUCCUGAGUUGCUUUAGAGGAUCCCAUUUGAUGACACUUAAAAGCAAUGAACUCCACAGCAGAAGACUUGUGGCUUUGCGGGACUGAGUGUAAUACAACAAAUGCACUAUUGAAACCUGUGUGGCAAUAUUCUCUCCAUUUAUAUAUUACAUUGUUUGGCUUUUGUACUCUACUGAAUUCCUUGACAGUAAUCCUGCUGUGGAAUUUGGAAUAUGCCUAGACAGACUAAUUAUCAGGGCAAACUACAUAUGUUUGUGCUCAUCACCAGUUGAUUAGGCUAAACAUCUUCUAGAUAGGGUCCAUAUUCAGCUCAACCUUGAAUAUUUGAUGUAGUUAGUUUUCUAUUUAUCAUUAAUCACCUUAAUUUGGUCUAUAUAUUAAUUGCGA